AUGUUUGGUAAUCCACACGCUACUGAUGCGGAGAACGUUCUUGAGAAAUUUUUAGAAGUACCAUAUGAUGAUGAAAAUAUUCCUGAAAAGAUUGGUUCUUGUGAUUUCGAGGUGGAGGACAAUUCAAUUGAUCCUUUAGAUGAAGUAGAUGAGAAUAUAAAUGAUAGUAAAGCAAUUAUUCAUGAAUCACCCUUUAAUAUUGAAGCUAUUCGUCGAUUUCCUGAGCUCUCUGAGUUGUUGGAUUCCAGAAGAACAUAUGAAAAUGUGACGAAUCCGCUUUUUUGUCGUCGAAUUAUUUUGGUCUUUUAUAAGUGGUUUGCUUAUUUACCCUUAUGGACAUAUUUGCUUACCGAAUUUGAGGAACGAUAUUCGAAUGAUCAAAAAUCAGUUGAUAUUCGUCAAUAUGAACAAGGUCGUCUAUCAAACGCUCAAAUAGAAUCAUAUUUUGGUGUCCUAAAAGAUUCUACACUUGAAAAAAGGACAAACCUGCGGCCAGCAAAGGUGAUCGUAUCACUUUAUCGAAGUGUUCAGGUUCAACUGAAAGCAGAUAAAUUCAGAGUUUGAACUGAAGAGAGUAUGCGUUUACAACUAUCUGGAUUACCUAAAGCUUUUGAAACACCUGAUUCAUCACUUGUACCUCGACUUCGUCAAAUCGUCGAGAUCCAACAAUGUCCUCUUACAUGGCCCACUUUUGGCAUCAAGAAAACAAUAUUCGAAGGUAUAACUUCAUUGUUGCUGUCUGUUAACCGCUAA